UGUUGAUUUCAGCUAAGGCGUGUACCUGAGUUGCAGUUAUGCGUGAUUUUGGACUUGUUGUAUCGGUCACCGAUAUUUCAAUACAAUGAACUUGUGCCUGCAGGCUGCAGCUGAGCUGUGUCUGUGUGUACUCAGAGGUGAUACUUAACUAAACCUUCACUAGUUGUAUCAUACGUCAAGGGCGUAGAACUACAGAGGGAAUAUGAUACUGGAUUAGGUUGUGCUGGAUGCUUUAUUUUUGUUUGGGACAGUGUAAACCCAGAUCCACCUGAUUAAUUUAAGCAUGAAGUUGGUCACAGCUUGCUAGGUUUGUCUUUUUCUUUGCAAAUUAGUGGCCUCACAAGUCUGAUCUGCCAGAUUGUAUGUAUAGUGGACAUUAUUCUAAGCAACCGAAUAACUAGAGCAAAAUGUUGUGUCAAUUGUUUGACUUCGUUACUAACAAAGAAGGAGCUUGCUAGGAAGUUCCGUUAGCCAUUAGUACCCACGCGGCCCUAUGUAUAUAUGAGAAGUUAAAGACGAACAUAGCAAUUCUGGCUAUGCAAAUGUAUUCCAUUGCAACUUCUUCAUCUGGCACUGGAAUACAUGGCAGCAACAAGGCACACUCCACACACAAUGAAGCACGAAUUGCUCAAAGCUGUUUCCACAGGCGAUGCAGGCCUAUUAGAACAAGUUCUAGGCUUACAGUCUUCAGCAACAGUUGAGCAGGGAGAAGAGAGCUGCCUCAAAGGAGUCACGGCAGAGGGAAGCUCGGCGCUCCACAUUGCAGCCAGCUGUGGGUACCUGGAGCUUGUCAAGAUGGUCUGUGCUCAGGACAUCUCGCUUGUCAAGGCAAGGAAUAAUCUGUGUGAUACACCUCUGAUUUGUGCUGCGAGGGCUGGGCAUGUAGAUGUAGCUGAUUACCUCAUGGAGUGUGCUAUCAAUGAGCAAGAAGAUUUGAGGGCGAGGAAUUUGGAUGGGGCGACUGCAAUGCAUGAAGCGGUCAGGAAUGGCCAUGUGCUUUUGUUGCAGAGACUCAUGUCGAAGGAUAGCGGGCUGGCUGCAGUAGAAGAUGAGAGACAUGUGUCUCCGCUUUACUUGGCGGUUGCAUCCAAUCGGGCAGACAUGGUCAAAGUCUUGAUUGGAGAAUCUUCAAACAGUGUGACACCGGUGAGCUACUCUGGGCCAGAUGGACAAACUGCAUUGCAUGCUGCAGUCUACAUCAGCAGAGAAAUAGGCGAGUCCCUGCAAUGUUGGGAUCCAACACUUGCCACAGUGGCCGAUGAUUAUGGGAGAACUGCCCUUCACUAUGCAACAUUAGCUAAAAACAUUGGACCAGUGAAACAUUUAUUAGCAAACAGCUCUCUUGCAUACAUUCCAGAUAAUGAGGGUCUAUAUCCUGUGCACAUUGCCUCUAUAGUGGGUAACGUUAAUAUUGUCUGCAAGUUCAUGGAGAUAUGCCUGAACUAUGAUGAAUUGCUUGACAACAAACGCAGAAAUAUUCUACAUUGCGCCGUUGAACAUGGCAGGAUUCAGGUGGUGUGGCACAUCUGCAGAAAUCCAAAGUCUGCAAGGAUGAUGAAUGCAAGGGAUGGUGAAGGAAACACGCCACUACAUCUGGCUGUAAAGAAGGGGCACACACUGAUCUUCUCCUUACUCAUGAUGGAUACUAUGGUUAAUCUUGACAUUAUGAACAAUGAGGGAUUAACACCUCUAGAUGUUGCCUUCAGUACGUUACACAGUGAUUAUACUUUUUCAUCAUUCACGAACACUUCCAUCAUCACAUGCUUAACCCUCUGUGAAGCUUCCGGCAGCCCAUGCCACCAGGCUAGAAAUUUGACAGAUAAGUGGUGCUUGGAAGAAAAGAAGGAAUCAAGCAGCUAUGCUAAUGUGUCCAGGAGCAUUUUAUACAUCUCUAUAUUUAUUGUAGUUGGUUCAGUCACUGCUGCUUGCACUCCACCUGGUGGCUAUAUUGCAGAAGGCAAGGAUGCCGGUAAGCCAGUAUUUGGAGAAAGAACAGGUUUCUGGAUAUUCAUGGUUGCAAACAGCAUGUCCUUCCAUCUAUCGACAAUAGCGAUAAUUCUGUUUGUGUUUGCCAGACUAACGAGGCACCGCCGUUUUCACCUCAUUUUGUCUGCUGCACUGGUUUUUGGAGCAGUCCUGUCCAUGGUCAUCGCAUUUGCAGCGGUAGUUGGGCUGACAUUGGACCCUGCAAACAGCUGGGACGAGUAUAUUCUCAUUUGGUUAGUGUCAAAUUUAGCAUUUCCGAUAAGUCUGCGGGUUGCAAUGCAGUUAUGGACGAGCAAACACCGGUGGCAGGACAUAUCUAAAGUGGUUGCCCAAGCUAUCCUUGUUGUUUAUGUGAUCCGCGCUUCCAUCAUCGGCAUGCAAUCCCUGGUUAAAAGCCUACUCCUUGGCAGACACGAAUCCUGCAGCUGGCCAUGGUGUGCAAUCCAAGUUGAUUCAGCUUUCUUGUACCCUACGUGAGGUUCGUGAAAUCUCUCAACAGAUCUGAAUUGCUCUGUACCAACUUACGGUAUUUUGCUUUUUCUUAGCUAAUAGUAGCUUGGAACAGUAUAAGAUCUGUUCAUCAGUAAUAGUAGCUGCAGCUGUGUCUCUGCCCUCUUGGCUCUCUCGAACUGUCAGGCACCUUGGAACAGCUUUUGUUUUUACUGUUGUAUACUUGUUCCGGUCCAUUUUAUCAUGUACAAGUUAGAAUGACACAAUCUCGAGGUUACAUUUUGACAUUCA